AUUACGGCAUUCAGUCCGAGACCGAAUUCCCUGACGAGCGUAUUGGAUAUCGCGGCGUAUGCUUUGGCGUCGCAACAGACGUUUUGCUAAUUGAAAAUUUUUGUGUUUCCUUUUUCAUUUGCCUGUGAGCGCCCCUGUGUGUGUGCGUCUGUGUAUACAUAUACAAAAAUAGUGAGCGAUUUAAAAAAAGAAAAGCAAACAACAGCAAAUUAAACGAAAAAAGCUGGAAAAUCAUAAUAUUUUUGAUUUUUUUCUCCAUUCAAAGCAGCCAUCGAGUGCGUGUAAAAAUGCUGCAGAAUUGAUUGAAAAAUAGAGUUGAAGAAAAUCUGAACGCUGGCGAUAGUGUUUGGAAAAAAAAUUUUGUGAAAAAAUCAAUGACGAGCAACAAAAUGGAGUGAUCAUUCGCGUUUGGUAAAUACAUUUUUUUAAGUUUUUGUUGAAAAUUUUGGUUUAAAGCAUUCGGGAGCAAGGAAUACAAAAAAGCGAUGGAGUAAAUAAGUUUAAAAUAAAAGUGAAAAUAUACUUAAAAUAAUGCAAAAUAUUUGAGUGAGUGUUGAAUGAUAUAAAAAUAAAAAUAAAAAGAAAACCAAAAAACAAAAAAUAAAAAAUAAAAAAUACGAAAUAAAAAUUUUGCAGAAAACAAUAAAAUUUCAAGAAAAAAAUUCAAAGAAAAUAUACAUAAAAUAAAGAAAUAAAAAAUUAUAUAUAAAACUACGAAAAAAUGUAAAAAACUUAUUUGAAAAAUUUUAACUACGAAAAAUAUUUAAUAAAAUUCUACAUGUAAUAUAAAUAAUUCAAUUGUAAACAAAAACAUUUUUUUUUUGAAAAUUAGUAAACGGCGACAAUAAUUCUGUACAAGCCUAAAUUUUGCAUAAAAAUCAUUUAAGUAAUAACCUUAGUAGCAACGACGACAAUAAUUUUGCGUUUGCAUAUAAGCAGAAAGUAUUCAAGUAAAAAAACUUUUAAAUUAAAAAAAUAAAAUAAUUAAAAAUUAUUAAUGUUAUUAAUAUACAAAAAAAUAUAUCUAAAAUAUUAAAAAUAUAUAUAUAUACUACAUAAGUAGCAAAAAAUUAUAGAGUUUGAAGCAAAUAAAAUUGAAAAUAAUUUAAUGUGCAAUAACUCUCCAAAAAAAUAUAAAAAAAAAUAUUUGUUAAAAUUAGUGAAAUUCUGCAAACAAUUCUCCAAUACUCCGAAAUUCACUUCAAGGAUUAUACAAUUGCUGCAUGCAUAUGCGCCAUUUUGUAAAGUUGUGCGGGCCGAAUAGCGCUUAGCGUUGGCUGCAGUGACAAUAACAGUAACAAAAACAAACAUUAACAACAAGAAAAGCAAGGCAGUAGCCAAAAUUACAAACAAAAUAGAGACGGUUGCUGCGAAUAAAAUUCAACAGUGACUAAAUAACGGAAGAGUGUAUAUAUAACAAAUAUAUAUAUAUAAAUAAGUAUAUACACCAGCAAAUACAUAACGCUUAUGUCCGAAAAAAGCACAAACAUAAUCACAAUAUAAUAGCAAAACAGCAGAAAGAUUGGUCCGAAACGCAACAACAACAAUAACAACAAUCGUGCAACAUUUGUCAUUUACAACAACAACAAAGUAUAUAAAUACAUUUGUAGAGCGCGCUGUGUAUAAAUGCGUAGCAUAGUUGUAGGCGCGUUGAAGUAAAAGGACGCUCACAUCAAUACACGUGCAGCUAUAAAAAAGUCAGAAACAGCCAAAAAGCACACUCGUCUACAAUCGUUCACUGCUCGGUGCGCGUGUAUUUGUAAGCUUAUAGGCGCAUUCGCCUGUGAAUCUCUCUGUGUGUGUGUGCGAUUGUGAAACUUUUUCCGCCUUGCAUGUGUGCGUUCGUUCGAAAGCAAAUAAACAUUUACUAUUACUAUAUUACAACAACAACAAAAACAACAGCAAAGAACAAAAGCAAUAAAAAACUGUUGGAGGCAACAAAUCAAUGAAUACAAAGUAGCCGCCAUCAUUAUUAUCCACGCCAUUGCUAGUUGGCGAAACGAAGAAGAAGCAGCAACAGCAAUAGCAACAAAAACAACUACAGCUUGUAAUUAAAAAAAAUUACACGCCGAACGCUUAAACGAAGCGCAUUUUUUUCAAGGCGCCGCAUUUCAUAACCCAACGCGAGCGCCUCAAAACAAGAUUCGCCCACUGAUUCUAACUCCUAGUGACCGUUACACCUAUUUACACGCAUUGAAUAAUAUUUCGUUGCAUUAUCAGCUCGACUACUUAUUUGAUUUUCCUUUCAACGCUCGCCGCGCGUUUUUUGUUCGUCGCAGUGUCCAUAACGCGUUACGCCGCGCCUACUAAAACAACAACAAUCCAAAAAUGUCGCACGACUAUAUAGCGCGCACUCACGCGUACAAAUCGCUUCGUCAGGGAAUGUGCACAACCGUGGCAGCAGAAAGUAUGCAUACAAAUACAAGAACAAGUGCGCUGAGUGAGAAUCGCCGCCGAAUUGCAGCGCCCACAGCUGUCUCCUCCACCUACAGCAUGCUGCACAGGCCGUUGGCCUGCAUACUCAUCGGUUUUGUCGUCCUGCUCAGCUGCCUCGUACAAAAUGCUUCAGGGCGCGCACCACCAGAGCCCUACUACGGUCGUUACAUCGGAGAAUUCACAAAUUUUGCGCACGGCAUUAAGGGUUCCAUUUAUGCCGUCGACGAAUCUACGCUGUUCAUCAAAUCAUUUGCAUAUGAUGGCACGGGACCGGAUGCAUUCUUCUGGGUUGGUAAAACUCCACGUCCAAGUCCCGAAGGAUACAUCAUACCAUAUCCAGAAGAGUAUGCUGGCAUCGAUCCACCAAUAUUGCAGGCGCACAACAAUACCAACAUCAUACUGCGUCUACCCAUGGGCAAAAGGAUUAAGGAUAUACGAUGGCUGUCCGUGUGGUGCAGACGAUUUACGGUUGAUUUCGGCGAAGUUUUUAUCCCACCUAAUCUAGAUGUACCAAAGCCACGCGUGCUACCGGAAUUCAAGCGACUGGCACAUGGACUUCGCUCGAGCAACAUAAGUGUUUUGGAUGCGAAAACAUUCUACAUACCCAAUUUGCAUUAUGAUGGCGCUGGACCAGAUGCCUAUUUCUGGGUUGGCAAUGGUUCCGAGCCCAAUAUUAUGGGAAUUAAAGUACCCAAUGAGGUUGGCUCACUUGAACCGCUGCGUGGUUAUCAAGGCGAAGAUAUUGAGAUACAGUUGCCGGGCUCCUUAACGGUUUACGACAUCGACUGGCUGUCGGUUUGGUGUGUGGAGUAUAGGCAUAAUUUUGGACAUGUUUUCAUACCGAAAGAUUUGGAUGUGCCACCUGCGUUGGGUCAAACCAAAAUAACGACCACCACCACGCCACGCCCCGUCUACGCCAAUUGUCGCGAGAUUAUACCCGACAAACUGCAAGUGAAAUGGGAGCUACAAGGCGAAUACAUACAGAUCGAGUUGUUCGGACGCAUUGCCGAGGAUCAGUACAUGGCUUUCGGUUUGUCUGGCGCCAAUGGACGCGCCCAAAUGUCACAAUCGGAUGUUGUGGUCGCAUUCUAUGAUACCACUGCGCGCGUUUUCCGCGCCGAAGACUAUUUCAUCUCCGAUUUGUCGCAGUGCGAUGGCCAACAUGGCGCUUGCCCCGACAGCCGCAUCGGUGGACGUAACGACGUUAUUGUUUUGAGCGGCGAUCGCAAAAAUAAUGUGACCAGCAUACGCUAUAAGCGUCUCAUACAAACCAACGAGCCGAUCUACGAUUUUGCCAUACCUUUGGAUCGUGAAGUGUCCGUGAUCGCUGCGAUCGGACCGCUCAAUAGUCUUAUGGAGGCAAAUGCGCAUUCGCACACCGGCAACGAUCACACCAUCGACGAUGUGCGCAUCAAUUUCUCGGCGCGCAACGAUCAUUCGUGCAAGAAUUCGCUGUAUAGCUUCAAAGAUCAGAGCGGUCCGAAACCUUGGCCAACACGCAAAAUCACUAAUGAGACCGUGUUCACAGCUCGUAUUGGGCCCACAGGCGGCAAGCGUGGUUACACGCCACUCACUGGUAUACCCUCCUGGGGUAUUGCUUGGUACUUGAACGAUCUGCUAAUACCCGAGAUAACGGUGCAACGUGGCAAAACGUAUGAGUUCUAUGUCGAGGGCGGUGAUGAUCCCGCACAACCAGCCAGAUACCAUCCAUUCUAUAUCACCGAUUCACCGGAAGGCGGUAUCGGUCAGAUGACUGGUCUGGAAGUGAGCAAACAAAAGGUUUAUGCCGGUGCCGAAUUCGAUAAAGAGGGUAAUCCUAUACCGACUGCAUUUGGCCGUUACUGCGAAUGGACACACCGUACAGUUGAUCUCUCAGCCCAGAUUGAAACCUUCGAGGAGUACACGAAGACCUUGAUGCUGGAAUGUGUUGAAGGUGAACCGGGGUACAUGAAUUGGACAGUACCUUUGGAUGCACCAGAUUUGCUCUACUAUCAGUGCUUCACACAUCGAAAUCUCGGCUGGAAGAUAAAUGUGGUCGACGCCACAGACGCAUCAGCAGCGCUGCAAUUAACCAUCACCAAUGUGAUUGUGUACACAGCUUCCGUGCUCUUUAGCCUGUUUGUGACGCAAAACAUUUUCAGUUUGUCAAUAAUUGCCUGAUAGUGGAACGCUGCCACAGACAGUUAGAAUAUUUUUAAAUUUUAAAUAUCAAGUGAGAAUCGCUUAAGAGGCUAAGGGAAAUGCGCAAAAUGCACGAACACACACACACAUACUGAUAUUUACAGAUAUGUAUAUUGGUAAUUCGUUUAAAAAAUUGUUUAGUUAUGAAACUGUUGAAACAUAUCUUCGAUAGAAAACACAUACAGCGCAUAUCUAUUCCUGCAGAAUGCAUAUCGGCACUUUUAUUAGUCCACACGAACACAAAAUCUCACACAUAUACAUAUACUGUUAUAUACAUAUUUAUAUGCAGCAUAUCCUUUAAGAAACCAACGAGUAAUUUGGAAAACGAAGAGUUUUAUUAAAAAAUAGCAGGAAAAUAUUUUUUUAAAUACAAUUUUUUUUUCAAUUUUUUUUGCAUUUUGCGCAUUUCUCUGGGACCUCCAGGCAUUUUCACUUUCCAAGUUUCAACAAACUGAAAGUUUUGCUAACCAAACAACCAGGCUAAUAUCAUCUAAAAACAUAUCUUGACAAUAAUUUUAAGAUUAAAAUACAAAAACAAAAACAAAAAAAAAAC